CACAGGAAAAACACACAGGAGCGAUCACAUGUGGCUGGAAUCGAGAGCGUUGAUAGCAUGCAAGGCAGCGGGGGUCAUGGGCAGCCGCCACCAGUAGUCCAUUCUCCCCCUGGACUACGAGGUGCUCGUUGGAAGGAGGAUGUCGAUCCUCCCACCAAGGAGUCUGUUGCAGCGUGGGAGCGUUCUCUCCGACCCGGGCAGUACUUCUCGGAGAAGGGGGGGCACCGCCCCAUGCGCCACAGAACCCAAGCGGUGCAGGGUCAUCCCGACGCUCGCGCGUGGCCACGGGGGCCAGACGGGGGUGCAUGGGGGCCACAGCACCUGUCGCCAAUCCCCUCGGAGAAGGGCUACAUGCCGUUGGAAAAACUGCCACCGGCGCCACCGGCACCGCCGCUCGAGCUCCCCUGGCGGGCGCCGCCCCCCGGCUUUGACGCUCGCACCUUGCGCCGGCAAGCCUCGGCGCUUCGCGGGGAGGCGGCGGCGGCCCACCGCGACGAAGAGGCGGUGAGGUGCUCGACCUUGAGGCUGGCGGGAAUUCUGAGAGAGACCAUCGAGAACGGGAAGGAGAACGCCGCUUUGGCGAGGGAGAGGCUGGGUUGCCUGCACGCGGCGCUGCGGCGACUGAGGGAGGAGAGAGCGAGGCAGGGGGUUGCGGUGAACGCGGCAGUCACAUGGCAGGAGUCGCUGGAGGAGCUCAGGGAAAAACUAGAAUCAUUGGAAGAGCGACGGCGGAGGGCGGAGCGGGCCAAGAGCGACGUGCAGCGAGCGCUGCGGGCGGCUGUCGAUGCCAACGGGGCAGCGGAGGCGGAGGUAAUACCCUUGGAACGCGCGCUCGAAGCCGCGUGGAGGCGGGACGAGGUUGCCGAGGAGAUGGAGCGGCAGGAACGGCAAGAGGAACUUGCGGACGCUUUCUUUCGCCGUCGCCGCCGACGCCGGGGGUCCCGUUCCGAACCUCGCCGGGACUCUUGUUCCACCGGAGAGCUCAUGCAUUCGGCUCUAGCGGAAGAAAGAAACGGCAGGCGACUGCCUGCCGAUGUCGGGGAUGGCGAGGGUGGCGAGGGCAAUGGUGAUGGGGCAGCAGCAGCAGCAGCAGCAGCAACCGUAGUCGACAACAUUGAUGACACCGGCAACGGCGGGAGAAUUGAACGGGGUGGCCCUUGCGGCGGCGAAGGAGACGGCGACUACGGUCGCUACGGUUUCAAGAGCCCCACGGCCCAUGUUACCUCCCCGCUCCUCCUCCCGACCCUGUCGUGGGGUUUCAAAGUCUUCGUGGAGGCUUGUCGGCGGAGCCAGGGCAUGCGGCGGCUAGCCGCCGCGCGGCAGGAGCGGGCCGAGGCCGAACGGCGAGAGGUCUUGAGGGAGGCGUUAGCGGCGUGGGCCGUCGGGGCUGCCUUGGAGCGCGGGGGGCGCGAGGCCCGCCAGAGGAGAGCGGUCGAGGCGGCUCGGCUUUGUCUUGCCCGGUGGAGGCUGUUCGCCGCCUUGGAACGAAGGUGGCACUUCGCCGCCCUCGCCUCCUCCGCUUCCUCUACGGCCAUCGUGACCGGCGUCCGCCGUCGGCGCGACGUGGACACCCUCGCCCACAGCUUUCGUGCCUGGGCUUCUCUCUCUCGGGCCCGCCGCUGGCGACGUCGACGAGCACUGCGCCGCGGGCUGGAAGUCUUGGCCUCCUUUGCGGGAAGGGAGGGUGGGGUUAUGUGGGCGUCGCAGACGUUUUCGAACAGCCGGUGGCACAGGCCGCGCACCGGGGUUGAAGGGGAGGUAAGACGAGGAUCGACGGCGCCUUUGCCGGCAGAGUUGUCCCUGGCGCACUGGGGAGGGGGAAGCCGGGGUCGAAGAUGUGUCCGGGAGGGAGGACUUGAAACCCAUGACUUGGAAGCCGUGGCAAGCGCGCACCGGAGGCGGGCCGCCUUGUCGAGAGGUUUUCUGGCGCUGCUGCACCAGGGUUCGCGGCAAAUCAGGGUGGGGAGGGGCCGAUGGUUCUGCGUCCCCGGGGGUGGGGGGAAAGGAGGCGUUGUGGUCAGCGUGCGGGCGGCACGAAUAGGGCUUCUGAGGUGGUGUGGGGCCGCGAGGGCGAGGGGCCGAGCGACGGAGAGCAUGGAGGAGGCUGAGGUUGUGUGGAGGCGGAAGAGGCUGGCGGGAGCCGUGAAGAAGCUGAAGCGUUUUGCUGUGGUGGCAGCGCGCCAGAGGAGGGUUGAUCGGAAGAACGUUUUGAGGAGAUCGUUCGUGGCGCUACGGCAGGGGUGCGCCAUUUCUAGGCGACAAAAAUCCGCGUGCAGCGCACUCCAGAAUGCUCUUGUCUCCCGGCGGUUGGGCCUCCUCGGGUCUGCGAUGGCUAGGCUAGCGGGCGCCGGCAGUAGCGGUCCGGCGGCAAUAGCGGCGGCGACGGCGGCUGCACCGGCGGCAAGACGGCGGCGAGAGAGGGAAGCACUUGGGGCGGCGUGGAGGUGGUGGGUCGGUGGUUGGCUGCGGCGGCAGGCAGAAGGGAUUCGGACACGCGAAGUCGAAGCGCGGCGCCGAGCAAAGCGAGAUCGAGACCUCGCGGAACAGCUGGAGCAGGUGCAUCAAGACUCCGCCGCGCUACAGAAGGAAGCCGUUGCCGUGGAGACUGAGCUGCAGCGAACCAAGAUUAUGGUGCUAGAGCAGGAAGAAGCUCUCGAGGCUUCCAGGAGGUCUUUGGCGGAAGCGUCUGCAGCGGCCGCGGCCGUCAAAUCUCGCCUUGGCCCUGCCGCUCGUUUCGACACCGUCCACGCCUCCAUGACCACGAAGGCGAGCAAGCCUUCUGUUGACGUUGUAAGCAAGACUCCUGUUGCAGUGGUAAGCAAGACCGCUGUUGACGCGGUAAGACUCCUGUUGAUGUGGCAAGCAAGACUCGUGCUGCAGUGGUAAGCAAGGCUGUUGACGUGGCGAGCUAGACUUUUGAGGUGGCAAGCCCAGGCAAUUGGCAUAAUAAAGCAAGACUGCUGAGGCAAACCAAGACUGUUGGCAAUGAAAAGCAAA